AUGUCUGAAUCUCAUCAAUCAAACCCACAAGACUCUUACGACGAGUCUCAGAUCUAUGUAACUUAUGAGGUCGCAACAGCUCACCUACGAAAGAAGCUGACUCGCAAGGAGAAACAACUGAAAACGCAAUAUCGGCUUAUUAGCAUUGCAUUCAACUUGAUCACAAUCACGCAAGUAAUAGUCGGCGCAGCUAUUACCGCAUUGGGACCUACAGGCGGUGAACACACGUUAGCAAUCACUGUCCUCGGGGCUCUCAACACAUCUAUUGCCGGAUUGUUAGCACUGCUUAAAGGCAGAGGGCUCCCGGAGCGACUGAGAAAAAAUAUGAUGGAAAUAGCCAAGGUUUCAGACUUGAUUCAAGAAAGAGCAACCUUAUUGAGAUAUGGCAAUAACCACGUCUCCGAUAGCGGAAUUUCCCUUCUUUUACAGGAGGCUUUCCAAGCAUACACUUCCGCCCAGCAGAUCAUUGAAAGGAAUCAAACAGAUACAUAUGCCAAUGAAAGUAUGCCCCAAUCUUCUGUCGUCGCUACAGAUAUGGAUGGGGCUCCAAGUCAAAACCGCCGAAUGGAUGAAGAAAUGGGAAACGUUAGUGCGAUUUGA